AGUAGAAAGACCGGUUAUUUUAAUUUAAAUGAUUCCAGAAGAAUUACAAAUCAUUCAAACAAUUAAUGAAGUGAAUAUACCAAUAUUCAAUAUUACAAUUCAUGGAAUUAAUGAUCAUGUAAAUGUACAAAAAUUAAUUACAUUCUUAUUACCAGAAUAUGAAACAAAGAAUAUUGUUGCCAAGGUAUUAAAUAAAGGCUAUUCAAAUCAAUUAAUCUUAAUUGACAAUAAGAAACAAUAUUCAGCUUCAUUAUCUUCAAUACCAUCAUUAAUUAUACGUAUUUAUGGGAAUUUAACAACAUCAUUAAUAGAUAGAACAAAUGAAAUGAAAUAUAUGAAAGUAGUUGGAAAAUUCAAAGGUUUUCAACAAUUAUAUGGAAUAUUUAAUAAUGGAUUUGUAUAUUCAUACAUUGAUGGUUGUGAUAUUUCAUUGGAAAAAUUAUAUGAUAUAAAAUAUGGCAAAUUAAUUGCAGAGAAAUUAGCUCAAUUACAUUGUUUAUCGAUUGAUGAAUUUAUACAACAACAAAAUAAGAAAUUGAAUCCAGAAUCCCAAUUAUUUCCAACCCUAUUCAAAUGGAUCAAUAGACUUGAUGAUGAAUUUAUUAAUUUAUCAAGAAAAUUAAAAAAAUAUGAAUCAAUUUUUCCAAGUAAAUCUUAUAUAUUCAAUGAAGUAAUCAAAUUGAAAGAUCAAUAUCUUAACAGUCCUAUAUCUAAAGUAGUUUUAUGCCAUAAUGAUCUGAAUGCAGCUAACAUUAUACUGGCUCCAGAUGAAAAUUCUGUCCAUCUGAUUGACAUGGAAUAUUGUGACUUAAACUAUGCUGCAUACGAUAUUGGUAAUCAUUUUUGUGAAUUUACUGGACCAUAUGCAAUAGAGUUUAAACGUUAUCCUUCAAUUGAAUAUCAAAAAGAAUGGAUAAACAUCUAUUUAACAGCCUAUUAUCAAUAUUCUAAUUCAAAAUCAGAUCUUCAUUAUAAUGAAUUACAAUGGAAUAGAUCUAAAGAAGAUGAUAUAAAUCAAUGGAUUAAAGAGAUUAAUUGUUUUGCAUUAGUAUCUCAUUUACUUUGGGCUGUUUGGGCAGUAAUUUGUGCAUCGGAAAACUUAUAUUCUAUGGAUUUUCUAGCUUAUGCUGAUUCAAGAAUGAAACAAUAUUAUCAUAUGAAGAAAUGGUUACCGUCAACAUUUCAAUUACCUGUUGUGUAAUUUAUAUUUACAACUUUCAAAACUAUCCAUUUUUAUACUGUUUAAUAUAAAUUAUGAAUAGACUAUAAAAAGCACAUAUCUGGUUAGCGUUUUUUUUUAGCAAGUUAGUUUUCUACAGGAUGGGAUCGCUAAUCCCAUAUUCAACCCUCCUGUUUUAUUCGGAAUUGAAUCCUACGGUAGCUCCAGAAGGGCUCCAGGCAGAGUUCAAAACACAUAUCAGUCCAUGGUAUUUUUGUUUUUUUUGGAUUUACAAUUCUCUGUUUUAUUGCAAAUUAAUCAAUAGUACUAACAAAUGCAUGAGUAAUAUAAACAGUAUAAAGUGUAUGAAGUCAUUUGUUGAAAGUUGUUUAUACAUUCAAUGAACUACUUACUUUGUAUUUAAUGAAAGUGUGAUGUGUGCUACUGAUAUCGAUAGAUAUAAGUAGUAUGUAUUAUCAAUUGAAAGUGAAAUGUCUAGUGGCAGAAGGUUAAAAAGAUCAAAGAAAAGAGAAUGAAAACAGAAAGUGAUAGGUUUAGAAACAAAAGAACAACGAAAUGUGAAACAUUUGAUAGACAUUUACCGUACGGAUUUCAGAUUUUACCAAGUUAUUUUGUAAUGUUGUGCUGAAAUGCAUUUGGUUAAUCCCUCCCAGUGUUCUCAUUCACUACAACAGUAUCUGUACCUCAAAAAAGUUAUCAAUAGGAUUACAAUGAUUUAGUUUAAGGGAUCUAACGCUAAGGUUGUGAUGACAGGAAUAAUUAAUAAUAUUAUGCUGUUAAAAUGAAUAUAGAAUGGACGCCAGCUUAUAGGCAUCAUUAUUUUUGGUCAAAAUGACUGGAUAUUCAUGAUCAUCAAACAAGUUCAUACUAUUCAACAAUAUG